AUGACAUUAGAUAGUAAUUAUGAAUAUAAUAAUAAUCUUUUGUUGUUUUGGAAAGAACAACACAACCAUUUACCAUUGUUGGCUAGAACAGCAAGAUCCAUAUUUGCUGUACAAGCAUCAUCUAGUGAAAGUGAACGAUACUUUUCAAUGUCAGGUCGAAUAGUGAUUGAACAAAGAAGUAUUCUUGAUUCUGAUUGUGUUGAAGCCUUAGUUGAGCUCAAAGAAGCUUAUCUUAAUAAUUUAUGGCCUAAAGAAGAAUGA